UGGUCUUCCGUGAUUGAUUGAUUCCUCUUCUUCUGCUUUGGCGCCAUACUUUCUUCAUUCCAUUCUCUCUCUCUCUCUCUUAAAUACUCUUCUUACCAACGCUUUUCUUUCUUCCAUUCUUAAGGUAUCUCAAUCACAUUACAUUCCUAACGCCCUGUCUUCUCUCUCUCCAAAACAAACAAUACACAGCUAAAGUUUUUUCUUCUUCUUUUGCUAUUGCUCUCGUGUUUUGUCGUGUUUGUCACAUGGCUGGUGUUUCGAGUCGAACUCGAAGCAAGAAUGUCACAGUGAAUGGUGUUUCGAGUCGUACUCGGAGCAAGAAUGUUCCGCUGUUCGGUAGUCUUCCAUUUCAUGGUUCGUGUUCGUGUUCAUUGAAAUCCAAGCGUAGAAAAAGUAAUGAAAUGGAUAUGGGUUUGAGGCCUAAAAAAAGGAAGCCAAAUGAAGAUUCUUUUGUGUUGCAUGAAGAUGUUGAUGUUAUUUGCAUUGAUGGUGACGAGGAAGGAGAUCGAGAGGGGUUGAAAUUUCGUGAUGAGAAAUUUUCUGAGGGUUGUGUUGAUGCUGAUGCUGAUGAGGUUGGAGAUGAGGAUUGGUUGGGAUAUUGUAACAAGAGCAAAUUUGAGGUUGACGAAAUUGAUGUUAAAAAUGAGGAACUGAGUGGAGAUGGUGUUGAUAAUGGUGGUGAAGGAGGGUUGGAAGAUUGUGAAAAAAACAGUUUAGAGGAAAAUGAAGUUGAGAGUGAGAAAAAUGGAGGAACUGGUGUGUUAGUUGAAAAAGAUGAAAGCUUUGAUGAUGAAAAGUGUGGUUUGAUAUCUGAAAACCUGAUUAUAGAUUCAGACGAAGGAGUGUUGGAAGAUUGUGAAAAGAAGGGUUCAGAGGGUUGUGUUGGUGUUGAAAAUGAAGUAGAGAGUGAGAAAAAUGGAGGAAUUGGUGAGUUAGAUGAAAAAGAUGAAAGCUUUGAUGAUGAAAAGUGUGGUUUGACAUCUGAAAACCCCAUUAUAGAUUCAGAUUCAAAUGAUGAAGAUGAAUCUGAUGAUGGUGAUGAUGAUGAUGAAUGUGAUGAUGAUGAAAGUGAAGAAAGUGAGGAAAUUGAGACUAGUGAUGAGGAAUUUCUAGUUGACGAGGUGAAUGAAGUUUCUGACAGUGAUAAUAGUAGUUCUUCUUAUGAUGAUGAUGAUGAUAAUGGUGACGAGAAAGAAGAGAAGAAAAAGGUUUGGAAGAAGAAGAAGGAGGAGGAGAAAGAGGGCUGGGAAGAGGAGGUUGAGAAGAAAAUGGGGUGGGAGGAGGAGGAGGAGGAGGAGGAGGAGGUGGUGGUGGUGUUAGAGGAAGAGGAUGAGAGGGUGGAAGAGGUGGUGGAGGAGGAGGAGGAGAAGGUGGAAGAGGAGGAGGUGGAGGAGGUGGUGGAGGAGGAGAAGGUGGAGGAGGUGGUGGAGGAGGAGAAGGUGGAGGAGGUGGUGGUGGUGGAGGAGAAAGUGGAGGAGGAGGAGGAGGAAGAGGAGGAGGAGAAGAAGAAAAUGGGCUGGGAGGAGGUGGAUUUGGAAAUGGAUUGGCAAGAAUAUGACAAUGUGCUGGCAGAGAUGGUGAGAGAAGCCAAGGGUCAAAAUAGUAAUAAUGAGGAGGUAAAGAUUCAUAAUAGUUCAUCUUCUGUAAACAAUGAUGAAUUGGCGCAUGCGGUUGAUGGUAACAUAAGAACCUCUAAUGCCUUCAAGAAAAAGGGUUCUUUUGUUCCAAUGGAGGCUCCUUCUUCUAAACUGCAUGAAACAUCAGAGACUCUGACAUCAAAAGGUGUGCAAAUGAGAGUGAAAGAUGUAGAUAAUCAUAAUGUUUAUGUUGCCAAAUCCAAAUCCAAAUCCAAAUCCAAAGACAGUGUUAAACCUAAAGAAAUUGUUAUUCUUGAGGAUGAAAGUGAUUCUUCUAUUCAAGCAAAACCGAAGAAGACUAAGGAUUCAGAUAAACAGGAAAAGAUGGAGAUGAAGGGAAGGGAUUAUAAAGGUAGAGCUAACACCCAUAGUGGCGAGAAGAAGGAAUCCAUUGAUAAAAAUGGCUUGAAUCAAAGGGGAAAAAGCAGAGUUUUUAUGCCGAAGGAGUUGCGAUUAGUCGAACUCCUUGCUGAAUACUAUUGGGGAAACAAGAAUAAUAAAGUUCAGAAUGAUUCACCUGUGUUGGAGAUGAAAGAUGUUAUUCGACAUGAUACACGCCCACCACCUGUUUGUAACGAGACAGCUCCAUUGAUAUGGAGCCUUAAAAAGGUGGAGAAAGUGCAAAAGACCAAGAGCCAGGAAGAGGAGGAAGUACUAUGGGAUAAAAUGGAUACAAGCCUUAGAGAACUUGAAGCUGAAUCCAUGAUCGGAAAUUUGGGGAUCAAUGAAGCUUCUCAGGAAAAAAUCGGAAGUCCAUUCUCUGACUGUGAACAUGACAUCUAUCUCGACGAAGAGAUUGGUGUAUAUUGCAGGCGGUGUGGUUGGGUUGUCACUGAUAUUAAAGAUGUCUCACCACAAGUGAUUGAUAAAUUUCCCUAUGAAGGAUCGGGACAAAGGGCUUCGUUUGGCGAUGUAAAUGUCUCACACUUUCAUGACUCACAGUUCAAUGUUUCUGAUCAUGACUCAGGGACUAAUUUCUCUUACGAUGAAAGAACAGUUUGGGACCUAAUUCCUGAUGUAAAACCGACCUUAUAUUCUCACCAACAAGAAGGUUUUGAGUUCAUUUGGAAUAAGUUAGUAGGAAACGUCGAGCUUCAAGGGUUAAAGAAUGUCAAUCUUCAAAGGGAGGGUGGUUGCAUUAUUUCACAUGCUCCUGGAACUGGAAAGACAAAGCUGACAAUAAUGUUUCUCAAGGCUUAUUUAAAAGUUUUUCCGAAAUGCUUGCCGGUCAUUGUUGCUCCUGCAGGUCUGUUGCUUACUUGGGAAGACGAAUUCAAAAAAUGGGACAUAGGUGUUCCAUUUCACAAUUUGAACAAUCCUGAGUUAUCUGUUAAAGAGCAUGAUGAUGUUGUUAAUGCAACUAAUUGGUCUAAUUCACGACGGCAUAGUAUGGACGAGACACGAAUGGCAAAACUGAUUUCGUGGUUCAAAGAAACAAGCAUUCUGGGAAUCAGUUACAGUUUGUUCAAGGUGCUAGCCGGCGAAGAAGGGGAAUGCAAAGAUAAGAAAAAGAAUAAACAUGCGAGAGGAUGGGAAUGGGAAUCUGAAGAUAAGAAAGAGAAUAAACAGAAGAGAAAAGAAAACAGUUAUAUGAGGAAGGCUUUGCUUGAAGCUCCUGGUUUGUUGGUUCUAGAUGAAGGACAUACGCCAAGAAAUGCAAGAAGUAAUGUUUGGAAGGUGUUGUCAAAAAUUCAAACAAAGAAGCGAAUUAUGCUUUCUGGAACUCCUUUCCAGAAUAAUUUCUUGGAACUGUACAACACUUUCAGCAUUGUGAAGCCUUCUUUUCCUAACACUAUACCGCACAAGCUCAAAAGGUUUUGCCAGAAACAUAAGAAAGCAGCAAACGAAUGGAGUUGGGAACCGGUUACUGGAAACUGUACAACAGGAAAUCCUUCUGAUGAUAAGAUCAAGCAUUUGAAGUUGCUAAUGGAUCCUUUUGUUCAUGUUUACAAAGGCGCGAUUCUUCAAAAGAAGCUUUUCGGGUUAAGAGAGUGUGUUCUUCGUUUGAAGCCUGACAGCUUUCAGAAGCAAAUUCUUGAGAGCAUUAAAAGUUCUCAGAACAUAUUAAACUUUGAGCGUAAGCUUAUACUGGCAUCGGUCCAUCCGUCUCUAUUCCUUGAAUGCAAACUUUUGGAAGAAGAAGAAUCUGUUGUCGACAAGGAACAGCUAGAAAAACUUAGAUUGGAUCCAUAUCUCGGCGUCAAAACAAAAUUUUUGGUGGAAUUUGUUAAUCUUUGUGUUGCUGUUAAUGAAAAAGUUCUUGUGUUCAGCCAAUUCACCGCCCCUUUACGCUUAAUUGUAGAGCAAUUAAGCUCAUCCUUUAAUUGGGCUGAGGGGAAGGAAAUACUCUACAUGGAUGGCACAAUUGAUCUGAAGGAAAAGCAGUCUUUAAUCCACAACUUCAAUGAUGCAAACAGCAAAGCUAAGAUUGUACUUGCAUGUACAAAAGCCUGUUCCGAGGGAAUUAGCUUAGUUGGAGCGUCAAGAGUUGUGCUACUUGAUGUUCUAUGGAAUCCUUCUGUCGAGCGACAGGCUAUCAGUAGAGCAUAUAGGAUUGGACAAAAGAGAGUUGUGUACACUUACCAUCUGCUCACGCACGAGACUACCGAGUGCGUCAAAUAUUUCAAACAGGCAGAAAAGGACCGGCUGUCUGAACUAGUAUUUUCAGAUAAUGACGGGGGCAAAAACCGUUCGAUGAACUUUGAAGAUGGUAUUCUUGAUCUAAUGCUUCAGCAUGAAAAACUUAAAGACAUGUUUGUUGAUUGUGUGGUACAGCCGAAGGAAAGAGAUUUGGUGGAGAGUUAUUAUUAUUGAUUAUGAUGAAUGUCCAAGAUUCUUCAACAUUGUUCACUAUGCAAAACAAGUUUAUGUGAAGCUCACUAUGUUACUAUGUCUGAUCUAGUAUUAAUGGUUGUACUUAAUAGAUAUCUGAACAACUCUACUAAGUGGUCGAUUUUUGAUAGAGUUAGAAUUUCAAUGAAAUUCCAUUUUGGGGAGUUUGCUGAACAACCUUAAUUUAUUUUGGUUUUUAUUUCAAUAUGGUGUUGAUAUUUAUAUGA